AUGAAGCACUCUAUUUAUAAAGAAGUACAGAUCCUAAGCACAAAAUUAGAUAUGUUAGGCGAUGGGCAAAUCAAGCAAUUGAAAGUAACCUCCCUUCAACAUGUAAGAGUUGUCGUACAGCCGGAUUCAGGAAUAUGGUCAGGCAAAAAUUUAAUAUUUGAAAUAAAAACCAGAAAUAAAUAUCCACAGGAGCCAUGCAAAGUUAUUUGCAUCACGAGCAUAAAGCAUCCAAAUAUUUUGGAAUUGGAUGGAGAAGUGUGCUUGAGUAUGUUUGAUGACGACUGGUGCCCUGAUAUGAGCAUUGAGCAUUACAUGCAGGGAAUUUUAUAUAUCCUGCAUCAUCCCAACUUCGAUGAUCCGUUAAGUGAUUAUUUCUGUAUUGCGAAAGAGCAAGGUAGAAUUGAAGAUGCAAUUCAACAAAUAGCAUUGGCUUAA